UUCCUUCCUUUCCCAAACAAAAAAAAAAAAUGAGUGAUAAGAAUUUUCUUCAGAAAACAAAGUAUGUUAUCAUUACUAAGAAACUUUGAUGAUGUUUAGUCAGGAUUUUUUUUCCAUUAUCAUUUCAUUCUGUAAGUCAGUAAACUAUUUUCUAAGUUGUGUGGUUCUGCAUUGUUCUAAUGGAACAGUGCAGGAAAUUACAUAGGUGAGCAUCACAACAACUUGAAAUUGGGCGUUUUGAUCUGAGGGAUCUUGGGUUCAGAUGCUGCUAUAUUUUGUUUUGGUUUUUAUAUCACGGUUAAUUAUUCAUGCACUAAGGUCAGUUACACUGCUUUAAUGAUAGUAAUAAGCUUAGUACACUACAGUUCCCUCAGACUGUGGAUGCAUGCAUACAUCAGUGCAGCUAUUCCAUUGGAAGUCAUCAUUCCUAAUUACUGAUUGCUGCUCCUGAGCUUGGGAGUCUCUAUUUCUCCUGAAACUCCCAGUGGAGCUUCUCAUGAGAACCCUCCCAGCCCCAUUUAGUUAGGGUGAUCUAAAUGAAUUUCAGCAGUAGGUAUUUGCUGAUCCAACUCAUUUCCACAAAAGCCUUUUAGACUAUGUUUAUGUACAUGGGCAGAUUUAGGAAAUUAUAUGUGGCGGAGGAGCACUGAUCAACAGUAAAGGGUUGAGCUGAUCCAUGUGCCUUUUUUCCCUAAAACACUAUUUAAAAACUUUGUAUGUCUGCGUGUGGCCAUAGUGAUACUGCUGUUUUUGAGUUUGUACUGAUGUGAAUUCAUCCUGUCAAGUCAGAUGAAAUAGCUUUAUUAAAAUUUACUUCUUCUUAGCAAUGUGUAUAAUAUUGUAGCUAUCAGUUAAAAGCGGUGCAGAGCUUCACAAUUUAAAAUUAUGCAGUGACUGAAAGCAAUAAAUGCACAAAUAUUUUGAAGAUCUUAAAAAAAAUAGUUUAGCGUUUGACAUACAAAACUGAGUUGAUGACACCCAGUGUGAACAUUGAUUACAUUUUCAAAACAGGAUUUCAGUAUAUCUGAGAGUGUAGAUACUACCAUGUCAGAUUUGAAGGAUUGAUUGGUGGGGAGCUGUGUCAGUGUUUUAUUUUCCACAACUCAAAAAUAAAUUGAUUGAUUUACUGUAAGAGAAGGAAUUUAUAGCAAUACUUCUAAAAUGUCUGAACUAAAUUACCGAAAUUUUGGGAGCAAAGUGAUGCAAUAGAGAACCAUCCUAUGGUAUUUUAGUUUUGAAGCUCAGCACUUUAAAAAAUGCUAGUGAAUAAUGAUGUGUGAAUCACAAAAUUCUAAAUGUACGCUCUUGUUCACAAAUUUCUUACAUUUUACUUGCAUCUGUGUGCAACUAAUUAAAUAUUGAGCAUUGAAUAAGGACUAACGAGCUUUCAGCUGUCAGCAGUACUUCGGAAAAGUAUUUUCAGUGUUCAUAGUUCAUAUAUUUAUAUUAGGGUAAGCUUUGAUCAUUUGCAAAGGUAGAAAAUUGAGAAUGCAAACAUUGUUGUGUCUGCAUAUCAUCAUUUUUAAAGCGUACUGAUAAAAGGUUAUGUUCAGAGGGAUUUGGACACUAAAGAGAAGCUGUUAUCAUUUAGGAGUAUCGUGACAGCAGUGUUUUUAUGCAUGCAUUGAGUCUUAUUUCAGCAUUUGAACUGAUUUUGCAGUAAGUAAAAGAAAAUGCUUUCUAGUUUAAUGAAAUGAAAUUUUGAAGUCUCUAGAUUAAGCCUUUCUAAUUUGCUACUGUGCAUUAGUUUUAUGUUUACAUUUUUGUCACAACUGUAGUUUAUAAACUGACUCACUGAGAAUUUAUGCCGCUGAUUACUUUGAAAUCUCAUUAGAAGUUAUGGAAGUGUUUUGCAGUUCCUGAGGUUUGAAAAGCAUCAUGUUAUUUCCAGGGAAAGACAGUUUGAAAGAUCUGAGCUGUGGAAGCAGAAAGCUAUGAAGAAUAAAAUAAUGCAUCUUGGGACAGAGGAAUAUGCUUAUUAAUGUUUCUAUUAAGAUGAGGAUUAGUCUUCUGAUACAGAGUUAAAACAUAAUAUUGAAUGAUGUUCAGUAUGUUCAAAUGUUACUUGGACCUAGACUUGCUUUUGGUUUUGCUUUUAGAAAGCCAAAUAAGGAACUAUUUUGAAUCAUUAGAAAAAUGAAGCUUAUUUAUUAAAUGUUUGAGCCACGACUUCUAGAUGUUGGUCUUCAGUAUCACUUAUUUUUCGUUUUUUGUGUAUAUUGAAAAUAGUAAUGUCAAGCCACUGCCUUUAAGAUAAUUGGAAAUUCUAGUUUAACCCUGAAAAUUGAUGUAAAUUUUGUGUCUGGGUUCUUGUUUAGUACUUUCAAAAUCUGGAUUCGUUUUCUAUAUGAGGAUUGUAGGAAAGGAUAAGAAAAUGAAAAGCUGAAAAAUGUAGUAGAAGUUCAGGAAAAAUAUGUUAGAAAUCUCCACAGCUAUGAUGUGAUAUGGUUCUUUAAGAAGGAACUGAAACCAAAAACUGGGCACAUGACCUAAAGCUAUUCAAUGCAAAUAAGAGUGCUUAGCCUCGGUUUUUGGCAAAGGGAACAGUUUUCUUGGUGUUCGAAGCAUGCUGUCAGCUAAACCAGUCUCCGGAUGCAGAGCUAACUUUGACAGUAGAAGAAAUGAUUGGAUUAUCUCUGAAGACUGAAGGCAAUGAGGUUUGCUGGGAUGGGUAAUCUUCUUAAGGUCCUUACCAGGGAAAUUGAAAACUAUCCACAUUUUUUCCUGGAUUUUGAAAAUGCCCAGCCCACAGAUGGAGAAAGAGAAGUAUGGAAUCAGAUCAGUGCAGUUUUACAGGACUCAGAAAGUAUGCUUGCAGAUCUUCAGGCUUACAAAGGAGCUGGACAAGAAAUUAGAGAUGCAAUACAAAACCCCAAUGAUAUCCAGUUGCAAGAAAAAGCAUGGAAUUCAGUGUGUCCUCUGGUCGUGAGGCUGAAGCGCUUUUAUGAAUUUUCACUGCGAUUAGAAAAGGCCUUGCAGAGCUUACUGGAAUCUUUGACAUGCCCACCUUAUACUCCAACUCAACACCUGGAACGGGAACAGGCUCUGGCUAAAGAGUUUGCAGAAAUCUUACAUUUUACUCUUCGUUUUGAUGAACUUAAGAUGAGAAACCCAGCAAUUCAGAAUGACUUCAGUUAUUAUAGGCGCACAAUAAGUCGCAACAGGAUUAACAACAUGCAUCUAGACAUCGAGAAUGAAGUCAACAAUGAAAUGGCCAAUAGGAUGUCCCUGUUUUAUGCAGAAGCAACACCAAUGCUGAAGACACUCAGUAAUGCAACUACGCAUUUUGUAUCAGAAAACAAAACAUUGCCAAUUGAAAAUACAACAGACUGCUUAAGUACUAUGGCUAGUGUAUGUAAAGUCAUGUUGGAAACGCCAGAGUACAGGAGUAGAUUCACCAGUGAAGAGACUCUUAUGUUCUGCAUGAGGGUAAUGGUGGGAGUUAUCAUACUGUAUGAUCAUGUUCAUCCUGUGGGAGCUUUCUCAAAGACAUCAAAGAUUGAUAUGAAGGGAUGCAUAAAAGUUUUAAAGGAACAACCACCUGACACUGUGGAAGGACUUCUGAAUGCUCUCAGGUUCACUACAAAACACCUGAAUGAUGAAUCUACUUCCAAACAAAUCCGAGCUAUGCUGCAGUAGUGUCCUGAGAUGACUUAGAUGUUUGUAUUGACCACAGAAGAUGUGUAUGUUUACAUAAUUUAAUACAGUUUGAUGUUAAUACUUGUGUGUAUUUACAUAACCAUUUUCUUCACAUUGCUAAAAUAUAUGAACCUGUAGUCAUUACCCAACUGACUAUAUAUAAUGCAGCCUAAGUUUAUAUGCUAGCCUUUAUCUUUUGACCUUUAAAAUACUUUUUUACUUAGAUACUUUAGCUGAAACAGUUUAUCUGUGCAUUUUAAUUCUUAAAUGCCUUCUCUGGAAGAUAAAAUGGAAAUCAGAUAAACUGAAAUGUCAAAGUUACCAUAGGACAUGAACUUCAAAGGAGGAGAAAGUUAAUAAAAGAGAAAGUAAAAUUGUAGGUAUAGGAGAAUACCUGAAUGUUCAUCAGCUUCAUUAAAUAUGUUGUUUUUCCAGUAACUGGUGGAGAUCUAUCUAAUUUUAAGGGUUAUGUGCUGGCCAACAUCCAAAAAUGUAUUGUAAAGAGGUCACUUUGCUUCUCUUAAUAUGUCUAGCCUGUUCUUUUCCACCACUGGGAAAAUUAAUACGUUUUCAGAUAUUAUAUAAAUAAAUAUAAAGUGUAUUUCCAGACCAUUGCUAGAUUCUGAAAACUGAUUAAUUUUAUUAGAUUUAGAAAGGGAAGGGAAAAUGCUGAUGUCUUUAAAAGAGAAGGUUUUGCGGUGUAAACACAUAAUGGCAAACAUUAUCUGUUAGAGACAGCUCUUCUAUUAUUUUUGCUAAUACAAAGUUGAAUAAAGGAGAACACUCUUUUGUAGAGUAGACUUCCCUAGUCUCAAAUUGGUCUAAUUAGACUAGGGAUGAUACAAAGAAUUUUCAAGACCUGAGCUGUUCCUAGGCACUCAGUCAAUUUCCUUGAUGGUAAUAUUCAUCAGCUGAUUCAGAAUCAGCACAGAUAUGUUUCAGCUCACUGCUUUUCACUGUUUUUCUAGAUGUGAUUGAUGCUUCAAGGAGUUGAUUUCCUUACUCAGUUGUUCUUACUUUCUAGCAAUUUUCUCCAGUAAAUGGAAUAGCAAUAUUUUGCCAAAAGCAGCAAAGUGCUUGUGCUCUAUUAAGUGUCUUCUCUGAGUGAUCUGCAAUUGCUGUACAUAUUCUUGCAGAGGUCACAUUCUGAAAAUAUGUUCAAUUGUGUACUUUGCAUAUGUGCAUGAAAACUCCAGUGCUUGUGCACAGGUUCAGAUUUGUUUAUUCUUCUGUACGUAAUCAGAGGUUGUGUGCUGUCACUGGAAUUUUCAUGCUUUUCACUUCUGGAAAAUAUUAACCAUAAGAGUUUGAAGAUGCAUUUGGUCUGCUAAGACUCAGCUGCACUGUUACAAAUUUAGCCAAUCAACUCUGUCCUUAAAAAGUAUUAACUUUCAUAAGUUCUUUAGAAUUGUGUUAGAGUUUAUUUGUGAGCAGAAUUAUAUGAGGUUUCUCAGAUGUCGUGAGAGCCCACAGAUGUUAGCAUUAUACAUGUAACAAUGCAGGAAAGCACUGCAACUGUAGAGGUCGUUUCAUGGAUCUGCAGUUUUAGCAGAUCACUAUGUUAUCAUCAGGAACAGAAUUAGAAAUUGCUAAUUGUUUUUCAGAAGCAGUGCUCACACUACUAUUUUAUAGUAGUAAAGUCACUGUUUACAAACUCCAUUUUUAAUGGGGAGGCAUUUACAAAUAUAUAUUAGGGGAAAUUCUGUUUUGUUCGUGUCACUUUCAGUUAGUUAAAUCAACAUGAAUUACACAUCAUUCUAUUGACUUUUGGUAUCUAAUUUUAAUACAUGCUUACCUGCAAUCACUUGUCAAGCAAUGAAAUCUUUAUGUUGCCCAGAGAAAUGAUAUUCAUCACUUAAGUAAUAAAAAUGUAAACUUUAAAGCAUUCUGCAAGUUGUUAUGUGCUAUUUGCUGAAAAAACUGAAUUUCUUUGCCUGCUGUGAUGUUUUUGUACAGAAGUUUGUUGGAAAUAAUAAAAAGUUUGGUACAGUAA